AUGACUGAAAUGGAUAUUGAUACUGGCGAUGACCUCCUCACAAAGGUCGCGCUGGAUGGGUCCAUGGACUACUCUGCCUGGCCUGCUCUGCUGCCAGAACUGGUUGCGCGCAUCGAGAAGAUUGCCAUCACCGAAUUUCCUAUUCCCAGACUGCCUCCUUCCAGAGCGCCUGUGCGACCACCGUCCCCACGUCUGAUUCCCCCGAUACCCUCGUCCGAGCCGACUGAACUAGCUGUCGACUCGGUGCCUUCUUCGCAAGAAACCAACAAGGAGAACUCCUCCCCCACAGCCGCGAGGCCAUCUGCCCCGGUGCCUCCGUCCACAGCGUCCCCGCCGGCGCCCCAAGCCCGAGCUGAGCCGCCAGCAACGCCCGACACACUUCCCAAACCAGUCCAAGAUAUGCUCGAUGAGAUCACUUCGGUGUUGAAAGAGAACUUCACCGAAAACCCACCUCAUACGAUUCAGCGCCUAUCUGAGCUUGUGCUUCGCCCACGACAGCACUACAAGAGUGUAAUAGCAUGGCUCCACGCGCUUGAUCGUGUGGUUCAUGUCACCAGCGGCGCAAAUAUUUACCCCUUACCUGCGGCGAUACCAGACAUGAGCGGCAUGGGUAUGUCCGUUAACGGGAGCGCUGGAGCAACCUCGGGCGUAGCAAGUACGGUUGGCACGGACGAAGCGUUGGGAGGCGCACUGUUAACACCUAUUCCGUGGUUAACCAGCAGAGUGAACGGUGGGCCUGGCAGCGACACCGGGAGCGAAACUGGUGGCUCGUCUCCUCUGUCCGCUAGUGGUAUCACAGGAGGACCAGGGGCUGAUCCCUCUCAACACCUGCAGCUUCAACAGCGCCAGUUACAACAGCGACAAGCACACCAACUCGACGGCAGGGUGCGCACAGAGAGUACCGAGACGAUCGAAGGGCCCAAUGGAAUGGGAAGAAUCGAGACGGUGUCCAUUUCAGUCAAUGGUAUUCCCUCUACAGGCGCCGGUGGUGUGGGUGCAGUUCUCGCCCAGAGGGGCGUCACACAGGGCGAGCUCUUGAGGCAGGAGCAGCGCGCCGGCGUGGUCCCCAUCAGCCAAUUAGCAAGACAGCAGCAAGCACAACAGCAAGCUCAGGCUCAAGCACAGGCUCAGGCGCAAGCCCAAGCCAACGGCUCGCCUGACGAGGAUUCAGCCAUGAGCUCAGACCCUGAGGAUGAAGAAGAGAUUCCCCACGCCAGGGGUCCGGAGGAGAUAGGGGCGGAGGAUACUGGCCCCUUACCAGCUGGCACUGGGCAUUUUACUGUGGGGACAGCGGCCCUCGCUAUCGGAGAAUCCAGAGGCAUCAACGUCGAGGCUGCCGUGGGACGGCCACCCGACCAAACAGGCCUGCCGGGAUCGAAGGCUAGUGAUAGUAACAAGGAGGAAGCUGUUGUUCCCCAGAGCCCAAAGAGAGAAGCAACCGAUGAGUUGGAAGGCGGUGGAGCUGUUAAGAAAGUCAAGGAGGACAAGGAGGAGGGGGACAAGAAAGACGAAGAGGAAGUCAAGAAGGAUGCGGAGGGAGACUUGGUUCUACCAGACUCUGCCCCUCCGGCUUCUGAGACUGAAGAUGUUGGGGAUGAAAAGAAGAAUACGGCUGGGAGGCAAGUGGGCGAUAGUGCGGAGAGUUCGAGUUCCCCCAAGACGGAAAAAGGGGACGAGGAGAAGAAUACCCAGGAUAGUGGAGGUGAUAUCAGCAGUGCCUAG